CAGCAAAGUUAAUCAUGUGACUCCUACAAGUACGAAAAGGUCACCACUGCAUGCUUCUCUACCAAGCUUUAGCCUUCAUGAACCUUGGUGCUGUGUUUCUAUCAGAAGGACCCUCCCAGUAUAGUAGGCAACCAUGUUCUCCUGGCUAUCAGGCAACAAGAAACAACGUGAUGUGGCAGACGUCUACAACAAUGUCAUCGAUGGCCUCAAGCAAACAUACCGAAAGAAGCUCCUCCCACUAGAGCGAACGUACCUCUUUGGAGAUUUCCACUCACCAUACAUGAACGAUGGCGACUUCAAUGCCAAACCAAUGGUACUACUAAUCGGUCAAUAUUCCACUGGAAAAACCACUUUUAUUCGUUACCUACUAGAAAAGGAUUUCCCCGGUAUUAGGAUUGGACCUGAACCCACCACCGACCGCUUCAUGGCCAUCAUGCACGGCCCUAAUGAGCAAGUCACUCCUGGAAAUGCUUUAGCUGUCGACCCAACACGACAGUUUGGUGCCUUGCAGUCAUUUGGAAACGCUUUCUUGAGCCGAUUCGAGGCUUCAUUUUUGCCGAAUCCAGUCCUCGAGAGUAUAACCCUCAUUGACACCCCGGGAAUAUUAUCGGGAGAGAAGCAACGAUUACAUCGUGGGUAUGAUUUUGAGGGUGUGCUGGGCUGGUUUGCAGAUCGGGCUGAUAUGAUUAUUCUCCUCUUUGAUGCACACAAGUUAGAUAUCUCUGAUGAAUUUCGAAGAGUCAUCAAUAUCAUCAAGAAGAACCAAACCAAGAUUCGUAUUGUCCUCAACAAAGCGGAUAUGAUCACAACCCAACAGCUCAUGCGUGUGUACGGUGCUCUAAUGUGGUCGCUGGGAAAGGUAUUGGGCACACCGGAAGUCACUAGAGUCUACAUCGGCUCUUUCUGGGACCAGCCCCUUCAUCACGACGAAAACCGAAAGCUUUUCGAAGACGAACAACUCGAUCUUUUUGCCGACAUUCAGAGCCUUCCUCGUACAAAUGCUGUGCGGAAACUCAACGAAAUGAUCAAGCGAGCACGACUAGCGAAAGUUCAAGCGUUCAUCCUCUCUCACUUGAAAGGGGAAAUGCCUUCUCUGUUUGGAAAACAAUCCAAGAAAGAUGCCCUCAUUGAAAGCCUCGACCAAGUGUUCAACGCCAUACACAAGUCUCGUAAUAUCCCUGUUGGGGAUUUCCCCUCCGUGAAAGUCAUGAGAGAAAAACUUGGAGAAUAUGAUUUCACACGAUUUCCGAAACUACAACCACAUUUGCUUGAAAUUGUCGACCAAAUGCUGGCAGUCGAUAUCUCCCAUAUCAUGAAGAUGCUACCAAAAGAAGAAGACAUGAUUAAAGACAAACGAAUUCGUGGUGGCGUGUUUGGACAAACCGACAACGAUCCUUUCUCCACUAAGAGAGAUCUCACGAAAGAAGAUCACCCUGCUACUGAAGAAGGCUGGAUUGUUGCUCAAGAUUCCGCCCGUUACGAUUCUGUGUUUGAGAAGUUGAGACCAGACUUCCAAGGAAAGGUGGCAGGGAACAUUGCUCGUCAAGAAAUGAUGAAAUCCAAACUACCUAACUCCGUCCUCCGUCGAAUCUGGGCCCUCUCCGACAUCGAUAAAGAUGGACUACUAGACAGAGACGAAUUUGCUGUGGCCAUGUUCCUAAUCGACCACAAACUGUCCGGAAAUGACAUCCCCGAGUCACUACCGGAGCGUUUGAUCCCACCCUCCAAACGGAUGGACUUCAGAAGGGACCAUUACCCGAGUGGUGGCAGUGGCGGUGGUGGGCAGGAGUCGAGUGCUAGUUACGGGGGAAGGCGAGAGGACCCAGCUGCUAGUUAUAGUGGCCGGGGGGAGGAGUCUGGCUCUGGUGGAGACAGUUACAGUUACAGGAGAGAAGACCCAGGAGUGGACCGCACUGUGACGAGUAGCAGUCAGAGUUAUCAAGGUCGUGGUGGUCGAUCUAUGGAGGCGUACGAUCCUGAUCAGUAUGAAGGGGGGCUAGGGAACUUUGUGAACUAACUAUCUAACUAACUCUGUUUCGUUCUUGUGUGGAUGUAGUGUGUGUGUGUUGCUAUAGUGAUAAGAUUGUCUGUUUGAUCUAUUUUGAUUGUACAUGUCUUUGUGGAAUUUUCAUUGGUUUGAUCUAUA